UCCUGUCAUGUGUAAAGACCCGGAGGAUAACUUUACUGGAGUUAGAGAGAUUGGUGAAAGUGAAAUGCAAUCCGAGGACCCAGAAAAAAAGUGAUUGAAGAAUUUGAAGAAAUGCACCCAGCGAAUUGCAGUUCAGACAACGACGAAACAGCAGAUGACCAAAGCAUUCAUCUUUUCCUGGACAUCUCCUGUUGUGUGGAUGACUAUGUGGAUGAAGAGGGGGAAAUCCUUGCUGAGGAGCAGAGUGAAGCCUAUCCUCACAUACAAGAUGGGGAGGAGCAUGGAAGUGAUCAGUCCAGAAGUGAAAAAACAGAACACUUGUUGAUGAAACUUUUGGCCAUGAUGAAAUUGACUGGUAUCCUCCGUGACGACUUCUUACAGUAUGUGGUUUGUCCAAAAUGUAUGACAGUGUACAUGCUUACUGAAACCUAUGAGCGCAGACGGGAUGGUACAAAGGUUUGCAGGACUUGUGGUCACAUCCCGUUCUACAAUCACCCACAGCAGAGGUCUGCAUUAAGGAAGAAAUAUGGCUCUGCCUUGCUAAGAAAGGCUACAUAUUCGAGCGGUGAAGAGUAUGUCCAUCCAAUACGUUCUUACUGUUACAAGAGUGUUGUGCAGUCUCUGGGAGGACUUGUUAAAAGACUUGGAUUUGAAGAGAAAUUAGAUGAAAGACGAAAGCGGGAACUGCCAAAGGGUGUGUUAGGAGAUGUAAAUGAUGGACAAGUAUGGCAGGAUUACCAGUAUGUGAAUUCAAUAAACUGUAGUCAUGCCACUAUGCACAGUAUUUGAGCUGUGAUGUAAUUGCACAAGUUACCUUGCUUCAUUCCCAUCCGGACAGACAUUUUGUUGUUUGACAUGUUGUUUGAUGGUGUUUGCAUAGAAUGCACAAAUUAAGCCUGAUUAAAACUCUGUUAAAACAAUUAAAAUUGUUGAAAUAAAUAGUUUGGUGUAUCUUUUUUACCUAACAUUUGUUAUUGCUAAUUACAUACAGAGUAAUUAAUAUACACUGUUAGCCUGGAGAAAUUGAAUCUACUUAAAGGGAUAGUUUAAAAAUUAUUAGGAAAAAAUAUUUUGAAAGUAUUGUGAUAAAUGGUGAAGAAAAGUUUGAUAAAUGAUUGUCAUUAAACUUAAAGUUGAUUACUCU